UACUGGUGCUCCUACGUAGCAGUGGUCGCAGUGGUUGCGGAGAGAGAGAGAGACGUGAGAAGUAGAUAUCUGUCGAAGUUUUCCUAAAUUUGCGGCAUAUUAGGUUCAGUUGCCAGUGACUAACGGUAUACAUAGGGCGGGAGAGUGUUUGUUGUCGGCUUCUUGAACUUCUUGAACGAAACAAGCGUAAACAAAUGAAGUGCUCCUCUACAUCAUAGCGAUCAUAGCCAUCAUAGCUUUUACGGCUCGCGAUCAUGAACUCCCGCCUGUGCCGGUAAGGAUGCAUAUUAUUUUUAUGGCCUCUUUACUUUAACAUUAUCCAUCCCUCAUACAAGUAAUACACAAGACCUGCACGGAACUAUAUACCACAAGAUCUUCCAAGGGAUGAGUGUAUCGGCCAUAUCGGAGUGUUGCUGGUUUUGUGGUUUUUGCUGGCGCGGAGGUGAAUGUUUUCAUUAUGGACGUAUAUUUUGUAUUUUAAUUACUGUUGAUCGAUAUGGAACUGAACUGGAAUAAGCUUGAUGUCAAACUCAGUGCUUCAACCAAGAAAACUAUCCACGAAAUGGGAUUUGAGAGGAUGACACCUGUUCAGGCUGCCUGUAUUCCAUUACUUUUGAAGAACAAAGAUGUUGCAGCUGAAGCAGUGACAGGAAGUGGCAAAACUUUAGCAUUUAUUAUUCCUAUGUUAGAAUUGCUACAGAAUCGCAGUGAAACAUUGAAGCGUCAUGAGGUGGGUGGUAUUAUUAUAUCACCAACUCGUGAGCUUGCAACCCAGACAAGUCGAGUGCUGGCUUACUUUCUCCAUCACGUUGAACAUAUCACACAGAUGCUACUUAUAGGUGGGAAUAGUGUGUCUGCUGAUGUAGACUGUUUCAAGGCCAAAGGAGCCAAUAUCCUUAUUGCAACACCAGGAAGAUUAGAGGAUUUACUGAUGAGGAAGUGUGACAUUAAUUUACCAGCUGCAGUCAAGUCAUUGGAGUUACUUGUGCUGGAUGAAGCGGAUCGUCUUUUAGAUCUCGGAUUUGAAAAAACGUUGACAACAAUUCUCCAGUACUUGCCUCGACAGCGCAGGACAGGAUUAUUCUCUGCCACUCAGACUAAAGAUGUUGUACAACUGGUGCGAGCAGGCUUAAGAAAUCCUGUUUUUGUUACUAUUCACGAAAAAUGCCACAAUAAGUCCAUCGAUACAAGAUCUGAUGAAGUUGAUCUUUCUACACCAUCAACUUUGGCCAAUUACUACACAGUAUGCAAGCCUGAAGAAAAGCUAGCAACUUUGGUGGGAUUUUUGAGAUCACAAGGAAGCCAUCAGAAAUUCAUGCUUUUUUUCUCAACAUGUGCAUGUGUUGAAUAUUUUGCAGCUGUACUGAAAGUAUUAUUGGCUGAAUUUCAGGUGUUUGCUAUUCAUGGAAGGAUGAAAGGAACACGCUGCAAGGAUUUUGAUUCCUUUCAAAAGGCCAAAUCAGGUGUGUUAAUUUGUACAGAUGUGAUGGGAAGAGGUGUGGAUAUUCGUGAUGUUAAUUGGGUAAUACAGUAUGACCCACCAAAAUCAGCAGCAGCAUUUGUUCAUCGUUGUGGUCGGACAGCAAGGAUUGGCAAUCAGGGAUCAGCACUUGUUAUGCUUUUGCCCACAGAAGAUGCUUAUGUUGAUUUUAUAUAUCGAAAUCAGAAGGUGCAUCUGGUAGAAAUGGAAACUCCAUUGCCUGCAGCUGAUACCUUAUCAUGUGUUCGAUCUAUACAGCUAAAGGAUCGUGCAGUUAUGGACAAAGCUCUACGAGCAUUUACAUCUCAUAUUCAUGCAUAUUCUAGAUACGAGUGUAAUGUUAUUCUCAGGCUUAAAGACUUGAACUUUGGGACAUUAGCUACAGGAUUUGGACUUUUAAAAUUACCCAAAAUGCCUGAAUUGCAAGGUAAAGAUGUUUCUGAUUUUGAAGAAGUGCACAUAGAUUUCAACAGUAUACCAUACAUGGAUCGCCAGCGGGAACGGAUUCGUCAAGAGAAGCUGAAGAUUUACAAGAAGACAGGAAUAUGGCCAAAGUCAGAUCAGAAAAGUAAGCGGAGAUCUUGCAGACAAACAGAACCAUGGUCCCUAAGCAAACAACACAGAAUGGAACGUAAGAGUAAAAGAGACAGGCGAAAAAUUAAAAAACAGCAGCAGCAAGAUUCAGGGAGGAGCAAAUGCAAACGAAAAAGGAACCUGUGUCAGGAAGAUAUAGAUGAACUUGCCAAGGAUAUUGCACUUAUAAAGAAACUGAAGCGAAGGAAGAUUUCACAGGAAGAGUUUGAUGACCAAUUUGAUGCUAAGAACAGAGAAAAUAGCUGCGAGAGCUCUGAGUGAUCAGUGGUGAACUGUUACAUGGCUUCAGAAGUAAUCCACGGUGGAUUAUUGAACUGUAGGUGAAGUCCAGUGAGGUGUUUUUGAGGACCCUUCAUAUUUGUGAACUAUUCAGGUUAAUGUCAUAUGGCCCCUAGUGAGGUCCAUGGAAAUUCAGACUGUCACUGGAACUGACUAACUUCCAGCCUAAAUGCAUUAUGUAUAAAACUUACAAAGAUUACAAUAGAUGUUGGAAAUGAUCUCCUGGUUUCUCAAACAUUCAUGGCACCUUUGUAAAAUGUGUUAUGUCUGCAUGUUGAAUUUCUUCUUGUGAAACAAAGUAAGGUCUACUUCAGAUGUUUUCUUCAGUUGUGUUAGUGUUUGAUCUGUAAACUUAUUGCUUUAAAGUUUCCCAAAAAUAAAGGUUACACAGAUUGAGAUUGGGGGAGAAUGCUAACCACAGACCACUACCAGGGAUUACCUAAGAGAAUGCUCCAGUCCAGUUCAAAGAACAUGUCAGCCUAUUUGUGGUUGUACUUUUAUAGCAUGAAAAAUAUUCCAAAGGAAAGAGGCCUUUAGAGUGAUGGGACACGGGCAGACCAAUUGCGGUGUUUAAUGCUUGGAAUUUCUGGCAAAAUUAUACAAAGAAUAUAAAAAGUGAUGGAUUAUUAGAUUUCUGUAAUCUUUUGGUUGAACAGGUAAGUGCACAGCAGUGACACUGUAGACUUCUGUUAAGAGUUGGUUUAAAUCUCAGCUGGGACACUGGCUGUCCUGAUUAAGAUUUUUUUUUUCCCCCCCCUGAGUCCUUCUAAACAAAUGUCAGGAUGGUACUUUAAUUAGGCUAUGACUGUUUUAUUCCAAAUACUUCCAAUUCAUUCACCAGUCAUCCUACCAUUUAACAUUUAAUGCUAUACAACCUGAGGUACUGAUAGCAUGACAACAUAAACCUGGAAAGAGGAACAACUGUAUAAUCUUCUGCCAGGGAGUCAGAUUAUUCCUUGCAAGAAAAUAAUCUUUCAUUUAUUAUAAUGAUAAAUUUAUGUUGUAGUAAACAGCGUCAUGUUAUAAAGAGAUAGGGCUUAAAGAAAUACAUUUAAAAACUCAUAUCUUUGUUAUGAUUCAUUUACAUGAAUAAAUAAUGCUUGUCAUGUUCUGUGUUUGUCUAGUGGAGCUAGAUAUGGUGUGUGUGGAUCAUCCUGGCCUCUGUCCACAUAGGCAAGACUGUAGAAUCUAUUUCUAAGGCACAGGGCAACCAUGGGGUGGAUUUUGGUACAUCAGCUAUAGGGUAGACAUGUGAAUGAUGAACUGCAGAGAGGCCCCACAACUUAUUGUUGGGUUUGAUUUGUUUCAUUCUGGUCCGUCACACUAACAAUUACAAAUAUAAAUCACUCCGUCCAAUGUGACCUGU